CCCCACAGGCCCCCACCGCCGCCCGGGCGAGCGUCCCGGGCGGGGCGCCGGUCACAUGCCACGGUCGCGGGCCUCGUGGAGCGGUGUGGGGCGAGGGGGGGCAGGGAGCUUCCUCGUGACUCAGGCCUUUGGGCUUAAAGGCACCGCGGCCCUCCGGGGGCGGCCGCUGGGGCCUCGGAGCUGCGCCUGCAGACUCCCGGUGGCCUCGAACGUAUGUCCAGACGGGAGCUGGCCGCGCGGCAGGCAGCCCGGGCGUCCUCAACACUUCCUCUUCCCGCAGCCGUCGCACGUGAGAGCGAGAGCCGAGGCGGCCGGCAACGCUGGCGGCUCACGUCUCUCCAGAGUCGCCCCGGGGACCCGCAGGAGAGGGCGGCGCGGAGGGCGGUGGAACCCCUGCAGCCUGGGUCCGCGCUCGGGGACGCGCGCCACGACGGCGCCGCCGCCGCGGCUCCUUUAAAGCCGAGGACUCGGGCCCCUCGUGCUGGCCGCGCGCUUUCCGAGCCCGGGGAAGUCACGUGGCUUCACACGUUCGAUUGCGCCCGGAGCCCGAGCCCCGAGGGUGGAGCGGGCCAGGAAGAAGAAACAGGAAGGAUAAAAGAUUGCUGGGACAACCAGGAAGUUCCUGCACUGUCUACAUGUAGCAAUGCCAAUAUCUUUCGAAGAAUAAAUGCCAUUUUGGAUGAUUCACUGGACUUCAGUAAAGUCUGCACAACACCCAUAAAUCGAGGAAUUCAUGAUCAUUUGCCAGACUUCCAGGACUCUGAAGAAACAGUUUCAAGCAGGAUGCUUUUCCCCACCUCUGUGCAGCAAGAGUCUCCCCGUGGCCUCCCAGAUGCAAAUGGCUUGUGCCUUGGCCUGCAAUCACUCAGUCUGACUGGCUGGGACCGACCCUGGAGCACUCAGGACUCAGACUCCUCAGCCCAGAGCAGCACGCAGUCGGUAUUAAGCAUGCUCCAAAAUCCACUGGGAAAUGUCCUAGGAAAAACCCCCUUGAGCUUCCUGUCUCUGGAUCCCCUUGGGUCUGACUUGGACAAGUUCCCAGCACCCUCAGUUAGAGGAUCUCGCCUGGACACCCGGCCCAUCCUGGACUCCCGUUCUAGCAGCCCCUCUGACUCAGACACGAGUGGCUUCAGCUCUGGAUCAGAUCAUCUCUCAGAUUUGAUUUCAAGCCUCCGCAUUUCCCCUCCUCUGCCCUUCCUUUCUAUGACGGGAAAUGGUCCCAGAGACCCUCUAAAGAUGGGAGUUGGGUCCCGAAUGGACCAAGAACAAGCUGCUCUUGCUGCUGUUACUCCCUCUCCAACCAGUGCUUCAAAGAGAUGGCCGGGAGCUUCUGUGUGGCCAUCCUGGGACCUUCUUGAAGCUCCUAAAGACCCUUUCAGCAUAGAGAGAGAAGCUAGACUACACCGGCAGGCUGCAGCUGUGAAUGAAGCUACCUGUACUUGGAGUGGCCAGCUUCCUCCCCGAAACUACAAGAACCCCAUCUAUUCAUGCAAGGUGUUCCUAGGAGGUGUUCCUUGGGAUAUUACAGAAGCUGGAUUGGUUAACACCUUCCGUGUUUUUGGCUCUCUGAGUGUGGAGUGGCCUGGUAAGGAUGGCAAGCACCCCCGGUGUCCUCCCAAAGGGUAUGUGUAUUUGGUGUUUGAGCUAGAGAAGUCUGUCCGGGCCUUGCUUCAGGCUUGUUCUCAUGACCCAAUGAGCCCAGAUGGCCUGAGUGAAUAUUAUUUCAAGAUGUCUAGCCGAAGGAUGCGCUGCAAAGAGGUGCAGGUAAUCCCCUGGGUCUUGGCUGACAGCAACUUUGUCUGGAGCCCAUCUCAGAGGCUGGAUCCCAGCAGAACGGUGUUUGUUGGUGCCUUGCACGGGAUGCUCAAUGCUGAAGCUCUGGCUGCCAUCUUGAAUGACCUAUUUGGUGGAGUGGUGUAUGCUGGGAUUGACACAGAUAAGCACAAGUACCCCAUUGGAUCUGGCCGUGUGACUUUCAAUAACCAACGUAGUUACCUGAAAGCAGUCAGCGCUGCUUUUGUGGAAAUCAAAACCACCAAGUUUACCAAGAAGGUUCAGAUUGACCCCUAUCUGGAAGAUUCUCUGUGUCUUAUCUGCAGUUCACAGCCUGGCCCUUUCUUCUGUCGAGAUCAGGUCUGCUUUAAGUAUUUUUGCCGAAGCUGCUGGCACUGGCGACACAGCAUGGAAGGUCUGCGCCACCACAGCCCCCUGAUGAGGAACCAGAAAAACUGAGAUUCCAGUUAGAGAAGCUGGCCUUGCCCAGUGGCCUGUAUUGCCCAAGGCUGGCAAGACAGGCCUAUGCCCUGCGCUGGCGCCCAAGGAGCUAGCUUUCUGCAGACAAGGGAAAAUUGUAGUCACCUUUGUACUUGCUAAAUCUGUCUUUGUUUCUGCACUAAUUAAUGCACAAUGAGUUUUGUCAGAUUUUGUUUUCAGGGGGUGUGCUAGAGCAAGGACCCUCAGGCUCACCCUCAAGCAAAUGUAGUUUUCCCAGAUUCUAGUUCCUCAUUUUGCAAAUGAAAAGAAAAAACAACAAACUAUGUGUCCAGAAGGUAUUGACACAGAUGCCUACACUUAAGUUUAUUAAAGCGCUUUUUACAUUCCUUGCAAUACUGACAGUGGUGAUGCGCAGGUCUCAUUGGUUCAUUCUUGCAGUUGCCAUACAGUGCCUUUCCAUUUAUUUAACCCCCACCUGAACGGCAUAAAUUGAGUGUUCAGCUGGUGUUUUUUACUGUAAACAAACAAGGAGACUUUGCUCUUCAUUUAAACCAAAUCAUAUUUCAUAGUUUACGCUGGAGGGUUUUUACUGGUUCCUUUUUACACUCCUUAAAACAGUUUUUAAGUCAUUUCGAACAAUAGAUUUUUUUUUUUUUCUGGCAGCUUUUAACAUUAUAGCAAAUUUGUGUCUGGGGGACUGCUGGUCACAGUUGCAAAUCAAAGUAUUUGUAACCAAGGGAAAUUAUUUUAUUUAAAACUGGACUGGAGAGGGUAAAUUAGGUCUGAGCAGCUGCUGUAUAUAGUUUUAAAUGGUUUGUUGCACCUUCUUACGUUGCACUUACGUGGCGGGGGAGGGUUGAUAGAAGUUUUUAAUCACAGUCACAGGACUUUUUUCUUUUGUAACUGAGCUUAAAAAUUAAAAAAAAAAAAAAAAAAGGGCUGCUUUUUGGUGGGGGCAGGUGAAGGCUCACAGGAGCCCUUUCUCUUAGAGGGGCAAGUACCCUUCCUUGCAUCUUUUAUUUGAAGAAUGUAUGAAUCAACAGAGUUGACAAAAAAUACUACUGGAAUUUGGAAACUUGACUUUUUCUUUUUAAUUUAAUUACUACUUGCCCCUCUGAAGGAAGCUGUGUGCCAAAGAUCCAGUGUCAUACCCCUCCUCCCUCCUGCUGAGCUGACGUUUCAUUGUUGCAUAUCCCGGCUACUCUGUGGGUUUUGUGAAGCUGUGUGUGAAGUCUCUACCUCAUUGUUGUAUAUGCAGGCAAGACUGCACUCUCCUACAGAUGUGUGGAGUAAGCUGUGGUGUACUUUUUUUGGCACAUAAUAAACACGUUGCAGCAGAA